UUCCUUCAAUUUUGUGUUAGUUCUCUCCAAUUCCCGCCAGCCCUCCACACCGCCAGCUCCGGUUUCAGCUUGCCGAAAUUUUCUGGUAGUGUAACUCGAGACACGAAAACCAAGGGGAGUGACCAGUGGCAAAGAAAGGCUAAUAGGAAAUCAAUAGCACCAAACAAGAAAAGAAGAAGAUCUGGCUACUCGCGAAGAAGAAGAAGCAGAUCAUGAUGGAGAAAGGUCGGUUGUUGGGCGGAGAACAAGAAGAACUCGCACGGAGAGAGGCUGGCUACUUGGCGAAGAAGAAGAAGUAGAUCUUGCGUGGAGAAAGGUUGGCUGCUCGGUGAAGAAGCAAAAGCAGAUCUUGUGUGGAGAAAGAUCGACUGCUUGGCAAAGAAGAAGAAGCAGAUCUUGCAUGGAGAAAGGUCGGCUGUUGGGUGUAGAAGAAGAAGAACUUGCAUGGAAAGAGGCCGGCCAUUGGGCAGAGAAGUUGUAGGGAUGGGGUGGGCUACUAUUGGGCGAAGAAGAAGACCCUGCACAGAAAAGAAACAAACCGAAACUUCUAGGGAUUUUGCCCCCAAAUCGUGGAGUGGGAAGGAAGAGGAGAGAUGGGAGAAAAAUGAGGAAUGUGGGAUUACAACAUGGCACGUCCGAGAAUACUUUUUAUUGUCUAGUUGGCAUGCCACGUAUUCAUGGGUAACGGAUUAUAACCGACGUCAUGUUAGACUUAACAAAUAAUUAGGAUUUCGUCCAAUUGGGUCUUUAUUUGAGACUUUGCAUGAGUUUGAGACCUGGAUUGAGUAUAAUAAGCAUUGAGGACCUCA